AGAAAACCAGCGAGCGAGCGAGCAAAAAGCAGAACGAACAAGCGAAAGAAGAGAGGAAGACAUGGCGUCGAGGGGCAAGACAGAGACGGACAAGCUGAAGCACAAUCUGGAGGAGCAGCUGGACAGACUUAUGGCUCAGCUACAAGACUUGGAAGACGCCAAGUGAGUGUUAGCGCCUCAGUAGCUAAUCUAUGGUGUGUUGGCUUCUUAGAGAGGCCGUGUACACUGUACUUGGCCUAUAAAAUCUUAUACUACUCUCAGCAGAAUGCAAUGGUGUCAGUAGAGAUUCUGUGCUCAAAUAAAUUAAGAUUUGUGCUCCGUUUUAUAAGAUAUUCUUAUGAAAUGGGUCCUUUGAAUAAAGAAUAUCUCAUUGGACGUCUCUGCGUUUGAAAUGGAGAUGACUUAUUGCACACAACUUGCUCGCUUUGCUAUUGAUGAUAGGACUGUGUUUAAUAAUCGUGCAAUGUUUAUGAUUUCAUGUGUGAGCCUAUGCUUGUAUGUGCAGAUAUGAUGGUAUUAGCAUGUCAAAGUGUGUACGUUUGCACUCUGUGGGUGCUGUGCUGUAGUCUGUGGUUGCAAGUGUUUUGUUGUGUUGUGUGUUUUGCGUCCGUUUGACUGGGUCUCGUGUUGUGUUGUGUUUGUGAAGGAAUUGUAGGCAUUCACACUUACACACUUUGUCGACUUCAUGUUUACUAGUUCACACCUCUUUUGCUCCUCCCUCUCCUCCUUCUCUAGUUAUUACCAGCCU